GUCGCCAACGAGAACAGCAGCAGCCGGAUACUGAACUGCGCCGACCCGUGCGGCGUCUGCACGGGCGGUGUCAUUGCCUACGCGGUCACCUCCACGACCAACAUCUACUAUUGUUCGAUCUUCUACGACGAGGUGAUCACUUACAGACUCUGCAGCGGCAUCUCUGUUGCCUCGCGCAACAUUCGGGAUGGAACUACCCUUCACGAGCUUAGU